AGCACCUCCGGUGCUUUAUACAAAACAUAAGCUCACGUGAUGAUUCAUUAGUGACCUUUUGACCCUGUCCACCCUCCUCUAGCUAGCUAUAAAAUUAUUGGUUUUAUGAUAAUCCUCUCAACUUCACUACUCUCUAAAUAUGGCACAUCUAAUCAGCACUGAUGGCUACACUUCUGUGGUUAAGAUUGAACCCACCCCCUACAUGAUGCCACACCCCCCAACUCAUGGACCCCUUGUGGAGACGUACACCCCAACACACCAUUGCCCCACUACUCCUCAAAUACCAGUGACUAAAAACGAAUAUCUAAAUGUUCCUCAACAAACUCGGCCGUUAUCCACACCACAAAUCAAAACAGAACCUGCGGAUUUUUCAGUCAAUCUGCAAGGAGCUACUGAUCCUCACAUCCUCACACCGUCACAACUGCCCACUCACAUCCCACCCACGACUACCUCCUACACACCCAUUAUGAAAUCUGAACCUCUCCUAGAUGUCCCCCUCCCACCAGUGUCGUGGAAACCCAAUACCAGGAGUGCUGCACAAAGAGCUAAACGAAAGUUAGAGAAUAUAAAUAAAGAAAAAAAUAAAGAGAAAAGGCGCGAGGCAAAAGCACUAAAAGCACUAAAAAUACAAGAAGCUCGUGCUAAAAGUCGCGAGGAAAAAUCACAAAGAAAAAGAACAUCUUGUGAUUUAAAAAAGAAAGUGAAAUAUUUAUGUCAAUACAACAAGGACAAUCCUCAUAAGAUUUUGCAGAUUCUUCUGGAACAUUACACUCAUGAGAAAAUUUUUCACCUCUACUUUACGAAUGCUGCUUUAAAAAAAUACAUAAAAAUUGCAAAAGACAAUGGGCUGCUAGAAUUCAACCUGAAAAUGCCCAGCGCUAUGGACACCAAUCAACCAGGACCAUCAGGUAUGAGUGUUCCCCCUGUCACUCGAUCACAUGGAUCAAGUAUGAGUGUUGCACAAGAGAGCAGCUUCAAUGUUGUAGCAGAGGACGUUGUGAACACACACAAUAAUCAGCAGUCACUCGUGUCUAAAACAGCUGUUGCUGAGCCGACUACUAUUCAACCAUUAAUGUCAAUCGUUUGUUUAACCCCCAAAUCAGUCACCGUGGAAAAACAAACUCCAGUGACUAAUCUUUUCACAUCCACGAUGUCGGAAGCUUCUAUUAAUGAACAGAUGGUAUCUUCAAGUGUAACAAUGGAAGAUUCAAACCCAGAACAGAUAAUUCCAAGAAAUUUGCAGGAGACUAUAAUAAACUCAAGAUCUAUUACCAGUGAUGUAAGUGUAAGCAAUGCGACCAGUAACGUUGGGACCGCCGUGGAAGAUACCAGUGAUGGCGAUGCGACCAAUAACAUUGGAACUGCUGUUACCAUGGAAGUUAUGACCAAUAACAUUGCGACUGCCAUGGAAGAUACCAGUGAAUCACCUAUAAAAACUGUACCUAGGAUUACAGUUGCAUAUUUCGAAGAUAGAUACGGCGAUUCACUCAGUCUGUCACUAAAAGAAAGUGUGUCCAACCCACAAAUCAAAACAAAGAAUUCAGAUUUUUCCAACAAAUCUCUCCCAUCCCCUAGAGUUGCUACAGAGCCAAUCGGAUCUUCUCAGGCUGUGACUAUUCCCCCCGGAUAUCCCCCGGUGGUCCCACGGGAGAAUGAUGAGGGCCUACUGAUGUUUGAAAAUGUGGACAUGUCCAAACACAAGCCAAGCAGAGCUGCUCUUGUCACGUUCAGCGAUGGACCUUCCACCUCCACACCUCCACCCCCUCACACCUCACCCGUACCCAUGGAGACUGAAGUGCCACCCACUCCAUCCACACACCCUCACACAGCACAACCGCCCGUCAACACGGAGAGUGAUGAAGAGUUCCUCUAUGGCGAUAGUGACCGCGAUCAAACACCACCCCCUGACAUCCAGCUAGAGUCACCGGAGGUGACACAGCUCCCUCCAGACUCUCAGCCCCUCCUCGUCAACCCACCCUCUGGCCAGCAACUUGUCAAACCCUCACCCGGUGACUCCGAUCCCUCCAUAGACCGUCUGUUGGAUCUAAUUGGUCAGUCAUCAAACCCAGACCCACCCAAUCAGCUGCCAUUGGUGGACCCAACUGACCAGCCGUUAUUGGUGGACUUACCCGACCCGCUGCCAUUGGUGGACCCAACCGACCAGCUGCCAUUGGUGGACCCAACCGACCAGCUGCCAUUGGUGGACCCAACCGACCAGCUGCCAUUGGUGGACCCAACCGACCAGCUGCCAUUGGUGGACCCAACCAACCAGCCGCCAUUGGUGGACCUACCCAACCAGCCAUUAUUGGUGGACCUACCCAACCAGCCGUUAUUGGUGGACCUACCCGACCCGCUGCCAUUGGUGGACCCAACCAACCAGCUGCCAUUGGUGGACCCAACCGACCAGCCGCCAUUGGUGGGCCCACCCAGCCAGGGCAGUGAGCAACAGGCUGACCUGGAAAGGGAUGGCCAUCAAUCUCGAGAUACCCCGCCCUCCCCUGAACGUCCAGCCCACUCAGUGUUGCUACUCGAACCAGAACUACAGGACAAUACUUCCAUGCUCGAGCAAGCCUUCUCCAUCCUACCCUCACUUACAGAAUGGCCAAAAGAAAGAACCUCAAAGAAUAAAAAGCAAAACCAAAGCUCAACGAAAGCCAGAAAUCAUUGUAACACUGAUACAAACUUGGAUCAAGACUCGAGCAGUUGGUCUGACGAAGACGGAAGAAUGGCUGUCGAAAAUACUAAGAGAAACAAACCCAGUACGAAACGUUCGCCUCGAAUUCAUCCGUUCACCUCUUCUGCAGCUAGCAAUAAUUCUGAUCAUAGCUCGAAUGAGGACACUAGCAACUACACUGGCAGUGCUUCUCCGGUGAAAAAACAGAAACCACAAAUAUUGCCUCAAAAGAAACAACCUGACCCCCUGUCAAGAACACAACCUCCCAGGGAGCAGGUUCCAUCCAAUCAGACGUCAGGUAGACUCUCUCCUCCUACUGGGAAAGACAAAAAUACAAGUUCCGAUAUUGAUAUGGAACUGGGUUCUGAUACUGAUAUGGAACAGGGCUCUGGCUCUGAUACUGGUAUGGAACGGGACUCUAGUAAGCAGGCAGAGACCAAGCACACUAGAGACAGCUCCUCAGAUAUGACUCCGCCAUCAAAGAAGCAGAGGGUCAGUCCAACAGGUGAUUCGACCCCCUCCCCUGCACACGCUGUUAGUGAUGUCAUCAAUAAUGUCGUAAAUGCUGAAGAGGUCAUAGACGUUGACGCUCUACCGGACAUAAUUGUAAUGGAGCAUGUCAGUCCUUCGUCAGAUACAGACGUGGAUGUGGGUGGAAAUUCACAAUAUCUCAGCCUCUUUUCACCCCAGGCUAAGAUCGAGUGGUCACCAAAACGAAUAGACAAAGACAUUGCAUCAGAAACAGACCAGGAACCAGCUGCUCGUAGGCAAAUUGUUUUUCUUUCAAACAGUACAAUGGAUAUUGCAGACUCACAAGAUUUACUAGUGGAUCGGACGAAAAGGGCCCCCCAAAGUGAUUUAUUGAGAGGGACCUCCCACAGUGAUUUAUUGAAAGGGACCUCCCACGAUGAUUUAGUGAGAGGGACCUCCCUCGGAGAGAAUGAGAUCGUGCAGGUGGUGGAUAGUCCAGAGUCAGUAGCUGAGUCGGCAGUUUCAGCAAAGGGCAACCCGACUCAAGAGACUAGUCCUACAGACUACCGGAAGAUCGCGAUCAAACUCGAGCCAAUGUCUACUGACCGCCAGCUGGAGGGUGCUCAGUCUAUCUCAACUGACAAACCAUAUUCAAUCACCCCCUCUAAGUCCAGCACUGAGUCCCCGCCUUCACGUAGCAGUAGCCGAGGGAGCACCCCUCGUGGGAUACCCCAGAGGUUGCCCCUGCAAUUUUCUACCAGACCCCGUAUCAAACUAAGCAUGGACAAGGCCAAGUCUGGCGACAAGAGUGCGUGUAAUAGGACGGGGGAACUGACCUUUGGUAGCACACCCUUUUCACAGCCGGCCUAUCAGAAACUGUCUGCGUCCAAUCAGAAUGAAGCUAAACAGACUCUGUUGCAGUUGCGAGAGGCUGGUAUUCAACUGACGAGGGACUUCUGUGAUAGAUCGGACAAAGCCGAGGCUCUCAUAUACAGAAUAGCCCACGCCUUCUUUAGUGAAGAACACAAACUACAGUAACUGUUGCGUUAAUUGCACGUUAUUAUUCAUUAACUAUACACUCCUCAACCAUUGUCAUUCAACAUUUUGAUUUUGUAAUUCUCAUAUCCAAUUAUUAUUAUUUAUUAUAGCCUCAAGG